AUGCCUAUCAUCAAUCCAACCCAGCUCGUUGAGGAGUUCAAGAAAUCUGGGGAGUUUGAUCGUCUACGGCGCGAGCUGCUGAACGAGUUUCGCAACGGUGAGAGCAUAGAGCAACUCAUGGCUCGAGUAGAAGACAUCGCCAGGCAGAAGAUGGAGUCUGAACCUAAACUGCAGUACAUGUCGGAGACUCUGGCAUCGAAAGAGCUCAUGCAGGAACUCGACAGAUACCCUAUUGUCGACCGCGCGGUCUCAGACGUCCGUAUGCUCUCUGACCCUUCCUUCGCCGCCGGCAUUCGCACAUCUGUGAGGAAGAUCCUACAAGAGGACAGGAAGAGAAAGGAAAACUCGGGUGAGUGCACAGGAAGGUUCGCUGAACAUCAGAGUACGAUCCAUGCAUGA